AACAUGCUGUGACUCUCUCUCUCUGCAGAUGGAGGAUACCAUCGCUCGCAUGCAGGACGAGAAGAGCGGGAUUCCCAUCCGCACCGUCAAGAGCUUCCUCUCCAAGAUCCCCAGUGUGUUCUCAGGGUCUGAUAUUGUCCAGUGGAUGCAGAAAAACCUGAACAUUGAAGACCAAGUGAAUACUCCGUACUUCUGGCCGUCAAACUGCUGGGAACCAGAAAACACUGACUAUGCGGUUUACCUCUGUAAACGAACCAUGCAGAAUAAAGCUCGUCUGGAGUUGGCUGAUUAUGAAGCUGAGAGUUUGGCGAGACUACAGAGAGCUUUUGCACGGAAAUGGGAGUUUAUAUUUAUGCAAGCAGAAGCACAAGCGAAAGUGGACAAAAAACGGGACAAGAUCGAGCGGAAGAUCCUGGACAGUCAGGAGCGGGCCUUCUGGGAUGUUCACAGACCUGUGCCUGGCUGUGUGAACACGACUGAAGCCGACAUAAAGAAAUCCUCCCGGAUGAAGCAGCCACACAAAACACGGAAGUCAGUGUACGGUCUACAGAACGACAUCCGCAGUCCCAGUCCCACUCACACGGUCACACCGGAGGUCAAAGAGCCCACGGAGGACGAGCUACGCAACCAGAUCCAGCACUGGCAAGCACAGCUAGACAGACACCGGUUAAAAAUGUCCAAAGUUGCAGAGAGCUUGUUGAGUUUCUCGGAGCAGUAUAUCGAGUACGAUCCGUUCUUCACGACGCCGGAGCCGUCGAACCCCUGGAUCUCUGAUGAUGUCACUUCCUGGGAGCUGGAGGCCAGUAAAGAGGCAGGACAGCAGCGGGUGAAGCGCUGGGGGUUCGGCUUCGACGAGGUUCUGAAGGAUCCGGUCGGGAGAGAGCAGUUCCUCAAGUUCCUGGAGUCCGAGUUCAGCUCCGAGAACCUGAGGUUCUGGCUGGCGGUGCAGGAGCUGAAGAAACGUCCGAUCCGGGAGGUUCCCAGCAGGGUGCAGGAGAUCUGGGACGAGUUUCUGGCCCCUGGGGCUCCGAGUGCCAUCAACGUCGACUCCAGGAGCUACGAUAAAACCACGCAGAACAUCAAGGAUCCCGGCCGAUACGCUUUCCAAGACGCUCAGGAGCACAUCUACAAGCUCAUGAAGAGUGACUCCUACAGCCGCUUCAUCAGAUCCAGCGCCUACCAGGAGAUGCUGCAGGCCAAGAAGAAGAAAAGCAAGAAUCUUUUCUAGGGUCUGAAUCACAGAUGCUGUCAGCGCUGGUUAAACCACGCAAACGUCCCGUCACUCGUCUGUACAUGAAUGCUGAUCAUUAUAAAGAGCAGCUCCAUCUCUGCAUGAGCCACACACUUCUAAAGGACUUCAGCUCACAAAGCCAUCGAAGAUCCUCCUGAAAGCACUCGGCAUUCCUCUAGGUUCAUUUGCACUUUCUCUCCAUCUGAGCUUUUAGACUUAUUUUUAUAUCCCAGAACAUGUUUAGUUGUUUUCUGUAGGCUUUGCUUCUGUAAAUGUGUACAGAUCCUGAGAAUCAGCGUGAUUUCUGAUGAUGAGAAACACUUCAGCGCGCACACAAUCUCUGCUGUUUGAUACAGACAUGUGUAAAGGACACUAAUCAUAUUUGGACAUCUGUAUUUUAAAUACGCUAAUGUUCAUUUAAGAUGAUGGUUUGGUGGUUUUUGGAGCUCGACCGACACUGAUCUGAGAUCUGCGCCGCAGUGUUAUUUCACUUGAGGUUUAUUUCUUCAGAAAACGACUGCGAUCCAAAGAAGCUCAUCCGGUCUGGUUCUUGCGUUGAUGAUAUAGAUUCUGUACAGAUACAUAAAUAAAAGCACU